AUGAGUACUCUCGACUUCGCACUCGUCAAUAAUACCGGCUCGGAUACCGUGUAUGCCUACAUUACGGGCCAGGCAAUUGAUAACAAUAAUGCUCUCGUUUUGAUACAGUCAGACGGGACGACCGCCUACUAUCCAACGUCGCCAUCGUCAACCCAGACAGCCUUAUCUCAAGAUUGCGCCAUCCCACUAGGUGCAUCGGGGAGUACGAAAACAGUCACCAUACCCCACAUAGCUGGAGGCAGAUUGUGGUUCUCACGCGAUGCAAAGCUAACCUUCUAUGUGAACCCUGGUCCUGCGCUUGUGGAGCCCUCGUCAUCCAAUCCCUCGGAUCCAAACUACAAUCUAUAUUGGGAUUUCUGCGAGUUCACCUGGAACAGCUCGCAGCUCUACGUGAACAUCACCUUUGUUGACUUUGUCUGUCUUCCUAUUGCUCUGGCAUUGGAAAACACCUCUGGCACAACUCAAACCGUCGAAGGCCUCCCAGCAAAUGGACUAGACACUAUCUGCACUGCGCUGACAACCCAGAACAACAGCGACAGCGCAGGAUGGAAUGAGCUGAUCGUCACAACCGGCGGUGCAAACCUACGCGCAGUCUCCCCGAACACGGGCAUAACACUGACCAGCGGAUUGCUCGGCACAUACUUCGACUCUUACGUCGACCAGGUGUGGUCGAAAUACGCCGACACCACACUGACAGUCGACACGCAGGGAGCAGCCGGCAAUCUAACCGCCAAUGUUACCAAUAAUCAGCUGACAUUCUCAUCCGACAGUAUCGCCUAUGCGCAGCCUUCUACAGCGGAUAUUUUCAGCAAUAGCUCCGGUGCUUUGGCUGUCGUUAGCAAUACUACUCAGAAUGCCGUUUCAGCACGACUGGCAGCUGCAUUCAAUCGAUCUACUUUGUUGAUUGAUAACAACCAACCCGAAGGCGAGGUUGUGUCUACUUAUUACACUAAUUCUAUCACGAACCACUAUGCGCGCAUUUGUCAUGCUACUGCCCUUGAUGGUAGAGGAUAUGCAUUCCCUUAUGAUGAUGUGGGCCCGACGAAUGGUGCUGAUCAGUCUGGGGCUGUUUAUGAUGGUAGUCCUAAGCUGUUGACGGUUACUGUUGGUGGUCCGACAAGUAGCAACUCGACUAAGAAGUCGACUAGCAAGGAUGACACGAACAAGUCCCCUGUCAACAAGACUGAGAAGCAAGGCGUAUUUCAAGGCUUGAAGAAUGUCCUCCGGAAGCUUUCCUGCACCAAGAGAAAUUAA